AAGUUUAUCGAUCCCGCCGAUUUUUAUGAUCCCACGUGCGCGUCGUUGACUCGUAAUUGGCUUUUGAAGGAGUUGCACCUCCGUCAGCUGGAUUACAAGUGCUGUGUCGACCUGGUCAUAGAGCCUGAGGAUUCGGCAGAUGAAGACUCGGAGGGGGAGGGAGAAGGGUUGGCCGAUGAAAAGGAGAACGAUUCAGAGACUAAUGAAGAUGAGAGUGGUCCAACUGACCACGAAGACACGAAGGAGGACGACACGAAGACCGAUGAACAAGAGUCGAAUUACUAUGAAGACGAAAAAGACGAUCCAAAAACUGACGAGGAAGGUGAUAUAGCUUACUACGAAGAUGAUGAAAAGCACGACGAUACAAAGACUGAUGAAGGACUAACUCACUACGAAGACGAAAAGGAGGACGAUCCAAAGACUGAUGAGGGCGAGGGCGAUCCAACUCACUUUGAAGACGAAAAAGACGACGACCCAAAGACUGACGAAGAUCAUGGCGAUGCAAGUUACUAUGAAGACGAAAAGGACGACGACAGCAAGACUGACGAGCACGAGGCUAUCACCAAUGACCAUCAUGAAGAUACAAAGGAGAACGAAGAUGAGGGCUAUACAAGCCACGAUAAUGAAGAUGAAACCUCAGUAUUCAGAGACGCCGACAAUGAAUUUGAGGUCGAGUACGAUGCAGAAGAGGUGGUGGUGGUUAUCUCCUGUUUCUUCCAAGCACGACCUACACAAGCACAAAUGGAUAUGAUGACGGCGUUGCUCGGCCAACCACCUCAGUGGUGGGUGAGCUAUAGGCACAUUUAAAUCUACUUUGGUUGUGAGUCAAUAUGUAGGAAAUUACUUACAAGCUCCCACUUCCGAG